AUGUGCAAGCCAAUAGACUGCUCUAGCUGCAGUAAGUAUUUAACAAUUCGUCUAACAUACGUCAGAGAACCUCUGGUCUUCUUUUAAUUGCUAAUUUUAAAGAGUUUUAUUUACUAACAGAAACUUCAGCUGGAAAGACAUGGAUUGGUUGUGGAUUGCACAUUCCAUACGCCAUGAGCUUAGUUCCAAAGGACCUGUGGUGUACUUGUAUUUCGGAAUCAGGUGUUGAAAGUGAAUAUCCUCCUGAAUUUGGUGAUGGAGUCGCAUCUGAGGAAAAUGAAUUAUCGGUCAAGAUUCAUCCUAGAGAAUCAUUAGCCUAA